UUCUUUACGUGGCUGACUGCAUCCUGCCACUUUUGUUUGUCUUCGAUUUUAUUACAGAGUUUCUCUGUAACAAUAUUGUUUUGCAUUUAUAACUUGUAAUAUAUUGUAGCACUUUGUAUAAUCUUAUUGAAAAUUCGCCAUGGGCUUGUGUAAAUGUCCAAAGAGAAGGGUUACAAAUCAGUUUUGCUUUGAGCACAGAGUAAAUGUUUGUGAAUUUUGUAUGGUGACGAGUCACCCGAAGUGCAUCAUACAGUCAUAUUUGCAAUGGUUACAAGACAGUGAUUACAACCCAAUAUGUGAAAUUUGCACAAAAAGUUUGAGCGAAGGCGAAUGUAUUCGUCUGACUUGUUAUCAUGUAUUUCACUGGACAUGUGCAGAAGCACGCUACAGAGCUUUGCCUCGUACAACAGCACCAGCUGGGUACCAGUGCCCGUCUUGUGCGACCCCUGUUUUCCCUCCACCCAACCUAGUCUCCCCUGUUGCUGAUGAGCUCCGAGAAAAACUGGCCGGUGUCAACUGGGCAAGGGCUGGCUUGGGUCUACCAUUGCUUUCAGAAGACCAAGACAUGAAAGGCGCAGCGGGGCGCCGCAGCCAAUCGCCCAUCGACCACCACUCGCCCUACUACACUAGUACGGUGGACAGCCAGCGAGGCACGCCAGUCGGAGCCAGCGAUGACGAGUCAAACAGCCGCUCAGCCAACGGCACGCCACAUUCCAUCGUCCAGAUCACAGACGAACCAGUCAACAUUUAUGAUAACACCUCCAUCAAGAGAAAUGAUAGUUUGCAAGGUGGUCAGGCUCCAAGAAAAAGCAUCAAAUCAAACGAGCCUCCGAAACUGACGACAAACUUUGAUCACGACGAAAAUAAAUACAAACAGAAGUCUACUUUCGCAUGGAUCAGCAGAUGGUGGAAGAACUCACUCCCAUCUUCUCGAGUGCGAAGAGCCGGAGGUAUCUACAGGCGUUAUUGGAUCAUGCUAUUCGUUUUCAUAGCGGUAGUAGUGGUCCUCGUGCUCCUUAGCCGCAGAGACGUCGACGAGGAAAACCCCUUCGGUUUCAUACAUGAUGAUGACAAAAGAAUACUACAGAAAAACUAAUCACAUAUUUAUUCUAAAAUCAAGCAAUCUAUAAAGUGAUAUAUAAACCCAAUUAGCUGUAUUAUAAUUAUUUAAUUUCGUUUAAA